AUGGGGAAGAACAGGGGAGACGCCUUAUUGGCAGACCUGGAAUCCACCACCUCGCAUAUCUCCAAACGACCAGUGUUUCUAACAGAGGAAACACCUUACUCCUAUCCAACUGGAAACCACACGUACCAAGAGAUUGGCGUGCCGCCGCCAGUGCCCCCGCCACCCUCCAACGAGGCCCUGAAUGGCACUGUGAUUGACCCCUUAGAUCAGUGGCAACCCAACGUAUCCAGAUACGUCCACCAGCAACCUCAGUCCCAGUCUCCUAUAUACAGCUCUAGUGCCAAAAGCUCCAGUGCCUCUGUUCCUAGAGACGGGCUCAGCUCUCCUUCUCCUCGUGCCAGCGAAGAGGAACACGUCUACAGUUUCCCGAACAAGCAGAAGUCUGCAGAACCAUCUCCCACAAUGACCAGCUCCUCUCUGGGCAGCAACCUCUCAGAACUGGACAGACUUCUUCUGGAACUGAAUGCUGUUCAACAUAAUCCCGCCAGUGGCUUCCCAGGAGAUGAAGCCGGCAGAAGCCCAUCACUGCCCAGUGUGACUGGACCUCACUAUGUCAUCCCAGAGAGCAGCAGCUCCAUGGGAGGGAAGGCUGCACCCCCUACAAAAGAAAAGCCAAAGCGAAAUGGUGCACGUGGGAUCGAAGAUGUGCGUCCCAGUGUGGAGAGCCUGCUGGAUGAGCUGGAGAGUUCAGUGCCAAGUCCAGUGCCUGCAAUCACUGUGAGCCAAGGUGAGGUGAGCAGCCCCCAGCGGGUCACCGCCAGUCAGCAGCAGACCCGUAUAUCUGCUUCUUCAGCUACACGAGAACUGGAUGAGCUGAUGGCGUCUCUCUCCGACUUUAAGUUCAUGGCGCAGGGGAAAGCCGGGAGCAGCUCCCCUCCAUCCACAGCCUCCAAGCCUGGCAGUCAGCUGGACACCAUGCUGGGAAGUCUCCAGUCUGACCUGAACAAACUGGGUGUAGCUACAGUUGCCAAAGGUGUCUGUGGAGCCUGCAAGAAGCCUAUUGCUGGGCAGGUAGUUACAGCCAUGGGGAAAACCUGGCACCCUGAGCACUUCGUCUGCACCCACUGCCAGGAGGAGAUCGGGUCGCGUAACUUCUUUGAGCGGGAUGGUCAACCCUACUGCGAGAAGGACUAUCACAACCUCUUCUCCCCUCGCUGCUACUACUGCAACGGACCGAUCCUUGAUAAAGUGGUGACGGCUUUGGACAGGACAUGGCACCCUGAACACUUUUUCUGUGCCCAGUGUGGAGCUUUCUUCGGACCUGAAGGAUUUCACGAGAAGGAUGGCAAAGCCUAUUGCCGCAAGGACUACUUUGACAUGUUUGCUCCCAAGUGUGGAGGCUGUGCCCGGGCUAUCCUGGAAAACUACAUCUCUGCCUUGAAUACCCUGUGGCACCCCGAAUGCUUUGUCUGUCGGGAAUGUUUCACACCGUUCAUCAAUGGCAGCUUCUUUGAGCAUGACGGGCAGCCCUACUGCGAGGUGCAUUACCACGAGCGUCACUGCUAUGGAGCCACGCGGGGUGUGCGACUCGCUGAGAUCAGAGCGUCAGCGCAGGCAGCCAGGACCCUGCAAGGGUCUCUCCAGUUCCAUUACACUCAACUCCUGGAUGAUUACCCAAAAUGUUUCAUCGUGGGAGCAGACAACGUGGGAUCCAAGCAGAUGCAGCAGAUCCGCAUGUCCCUGCGUGGGAAGGCCGUUGUGCUGAUGGGGAAGAAUACUAUGAUGCGCAAAGCUAUCCGGGGUCAUCUGGAGAACAACCCUGCCUUGGAAAAGCUGCUGCCUCACAUCCGUGGGAAUGUGGGCUUUGUCUUCACCAAGGAGGAUCUGACGGAGAUCCGGGACAUGCUGCUGGCUAACAAGGUGCCAGCCGCUGCCCGUGCUGGUGCUAUUGCUCCUUGCGAUGUGACUGUGCCGGCCCAGAACACUGGUCUCGGACCCGAGAAGACCUCCUUUUUCCAGGCCUUGGGCAUCACCACGAAGAUUUCCAGAGGGACCAUUGAAAUUCUGAGCGACGUGCAGCUCAUCAAGACCGGGGACAAGGUGGGUGCCAGCGAAGCCACCCCCCCCGCCUGA